AUGCCUGCCCCGUUAUGUUUGCGUUGGGGUGCUCAUGAAGAAUCUAUGGGUCACAUGCUUUUGGAUUGUGCUAGAUCUAGCUCUAUUUGGAGAGCCUUAAAGUUUGGCUUUUAUUUUUCUUUAUGUACUCCUCGUCCUUUUGAUCAACGGUUUGUAGAUUGGAUGCCAGAAGCUCUUGCGAAUGACCUACGCUGUUUAUCUAUGUUCUUUCUUUGGGACAUUUGGAGGGAUCGGAAUAGGGCCAUUUUUGAUAAUGUCUUGCUCCCAUCUCCGAAGCAAGUGGUAUCUCAAGCCUUAAGUGGAUGGCAACUAUAUCGUCCUUCUCCGCCACCCCUUCCUUUUUCUCCCGGUGGACUUCCUAAGGUCGUCCAGCCUGCUGCUCAUUUGUCUUGUUUGCAGAUUGAUGGUGCUUUUCAUCUACAUCCCGCAAUGGCAAGAGGAGGUUGGGUUUUGUCUGCUCCUGAUGGUCAAGUGUUGUCUAGUGGUGGCUGUCUCUUUCCUGCAGUUUCUCCUCUUCAAGUGGAGGCUUUAGCCUGUCUCUUUGCCCUGGAACAUAUGAUUUCACUGGCUCCUCAAGGUCUGCUAUUACAUACUGAUUGUCUGGUGUUAGCUCAAGUCCUUCUCAAUCAGUUGGAGCCACCUAGGUAG